AUGGUUAAAGAUAAAUUUUCGGACAACGAGCAACCAACGUUACAAAAGCUCCCGUUGCCUUCAAUUGGUCAAUCAAUUGAGGGAAUCACUCGAGCGAUUCAACCGUUGGUCACCCAAAAUCAAUUUAAAGAAACGAUACUGAAGCUCGAAUCACUCAAGUCAAACAAGUUAGUCCAAAUCCUUCAGGCUCAUCUUGAAGACUUCAAUUCCACCCAUGUUUGUUACUUGGAUCUUUUUUCAAAUGUCCGAGAUCACAAUACCACCAACAUCUAUAGUGAAUAUCGUGGAAAAACGUUACCGAAAAACCCUUAUUUUAUUCUAGAGAAUGACCCAAAUUAUUGGACACUUUUACCUCCUGAGCAAUCCGAACGAGCGGCAAUUUUGACAUUCAGCACUUUAAAAUUCAUCUCCAUCGUUAAGAAGGGACAAUUGAAACCAGAUGUCACUCCCAAGCACGGGAACGCUUUAACAAUGAAAUCAGUUAAUUAUUUAUUUGCUUCAACGAGAGUUCCAAGCGCUCAUGGACAUGGAAUUAAUAUCAAGCAUUUUGACAAAUCAAAUCAUGUGGUAAUUUUGUGCGAGGGGAAAUUCCAUUAUUUGAAAGUGCUCAAUGAUGAAAAUCAAAUAAUUAUUGAUCAAGGCAAUUUACAAAAAAUAUUUGACAAAAUCAUCAAGGAUGCCAAGCUUGCUGGCAAAAGACUGAAUGCUUGUUUAAGUUCUAUAACCACUCAAUCUAGAGAGGAAUGGGCAUUGGCAAGGAAACAUCUUGGUAGUUGUCAGGUCAACAAAGAUAGUUUGCACAUUAUAGAUUCUGCUUUGUUGGUAAUAAAUUUGGAUAUAAAUAAAUUCAUUGUUAAUGAUGCUGAUUGCAACUACUUAAAUAUUUGCCACGGAACUUCCAAUAUUGAUGAAAUCACUGGAAUUCAAAUGGGUAGUUGUAAUUCAAGAUGGUAUGAUAAAUUACAAUUGAUUGUAUCUGGUGAUUCUUUGAGUGCAAUAUUGUGGGAGCCAACCUCUAACGACGCCACUGUCGUUUUGCGUUAUGUUUCUGAUAUAUAUACCGAUUCUAUUCUUCGUUUGGCAAGAAGUAUCAACAAUACUUCGUUAUUUUCUCUAUUUCUGGGAAUACUGAUCAAUAAUCAGUAUGAUUUUAAAGGAUCAGAGUUACAAGGGAUGUUUUAUGAACUCCCUUGGGAUUUACAUGAUGCAAAGUUGUUACAUCGACUACAUUUGGCAGAAACUAGGCUUGGUGAUCUAUUGUGCCAAUUCGAUUCGUACACAAAAGCUUUGGAUUAUGGGCAAGUAUUUGCGGACAAAAUUGGGGUGAAUGCCGAUUCUUUGGUACAAUUGGCAAUUCAAUUAGCACAUUAUGCAUUAUAUGGUGCAAUGGUGAGUAGUUGUGAGGCUGUUUCCACCAGAAGAUUUGAGAAUUCUAGAUCAGAGCUUUGCUUUAUUGAAUCAGAAUCAAUACUUCGAAUUUGUCAAGCUUUUAUAUCUAAUACUGUCCAUGAGACUCGGUGGGAAUUGAUAAAGCAGGGAGUUAUGGAAAUCAAUGAUCGCAAGAACCAAUGCCGAAUGGGAUAUGGUUUUGAAAAACAUAUCAAAGCCUUGAGACUAGCUUUGAUUCAAAAAGAUUAUAUCAACAAGAUCAAGUCAUCAGCAAAUGCACCCCUUGAUAUUCCAGAAUUGGAAGAUUUGAAUGAGACAGAAAUCCCUAGUUUUUUGAGCAAUGAGGACACUUCAACUUUUUACAAAGUGUUACUUGAUCCUGAAAUCCUUGCCAUAAAUUGUGGGAACCCUUCAUUAAAAGCAUUUGGUAUCACACCUUAUAAACCUGGUGGUUUUGGUAUUGGAUAUGUAAUUAAGGAAGAUUGUACUGUGUAUACGAUUUCUUCUAACCAUCGGCAAAACAAGCGGUUUUUGCAGACUUUGUGCUGGGUUUACUUUGAAAUUGAGGCGCUUUAUAUGAAAGAAGCUGGACGAAAAAAGUCAAAUGGAGAUGCUACAGAUAAUGGCAAAGCUCCUUGUGAUGUCAAUGAAAUGCUUAGAACAGUUUCAAUUUCGUUAUCCAAAUCAAUCGACGAAAAUAAAGUAGUUGAGCAUAGCAAUUCAGAGGCUGCUAAAACAGAAUCAAAGGAUAGUUUUUCUAACCAUAUUUUGGGAGGUUAUGGCUAUUUUGAUGUUGGGGAGUUGGAAUUCAGGUUGCAAUCUGAAUCUCUUCAACUUAGUAGGGUUCAAAGCAUCAACAAUUUGUUGACCAUAAACAAGUGA